UAUGCUAAUGAUACAUUAGGAAAAUGCCAACUCAAUUUUCAAAGUCCUGUGCCAAGCACUGACACUCAUAGACACAAAAGUGCCAGACAAUUUAAGUUAGAACUUUUAUGCCUACAGGCACAAGGUGCCCAACUCAUUUUCAUGCCUGCACCACAAAAAUGCCUGACAGUUUUAAGCCAAGUCUUUGUAUCUAUGCCUUUCAUUGGACGUUGA